CCCCCCCCAGCUGCUCAGCCCAGGCGCUGCAGACUCGGGGCCAUAGAACAGGGAUCUGCUUUUCAUCAUUAGCAACCCAAGCUGGAUUCGAGCUGGUGAUCAAGGAGCGGGGUAAGUCCCUAACCCAGGGGGCAAUUCCACUCAGCAGCAUGACAAGUGAGGUGGUGGAGGAUGAGAUGGAAUUUUAUUCCAAGGCUGAGAAAUACUGGAAGGAUGUGCCGCCCACGGUGGACGGCAUGCUGGGUGGGUACGGCCACAUCUCCAGCAUUGACAUCAACAGCUCCAAAAAAUUCCUGCUUAAAUUCCUUCGGGAUGGUCCUAACAGGACGGGAACCACCUGCGCCCUGGACUGUGGGGCUGGGAUUGGCAGGAUCACCAAGAGGCUGCUGUUGCCUCUCUUCAAAGCAGUGGACAUGGUGGAUGUGACCGAGGACUUCCUGACCAAGGCGAGGACCUACCUGGGAGAAGAGGGCAGGCGAGUGAGGAACUACUUCUGCUGUGGCCUGCAGGACUUCAGCCCCGAGCCCAACUCCUAUGACGUCAUCUGGAUCCAGUGGGUAAUAGGACACCUGACUGACGACCACCUGUCUGACUUCCUGAAGAGAUGCAAGGUUGGCCUGCGCCCCAAUGGCAUCGUCGUCAUCAAGGACAACAUGGCCCAGGAGGGAGUCAUCAUGGACGAUGUGGACAGCAGUGUGUGCCGGGACCUGGACGUGGUGCGGACGAUCGUCCGGCGCGCAGGCCUCAAUCUCCUGGCUGAAGAAAGGCAAGAGAACUUCCCCGACGAAAUCUACCACGUCUAUACGUUUGCCAUGAGAUGAACCCGGGCUGGGAGAGGCUGUUUACCAAGAGGUACCACUGUGCCAGGACCAGCCCAGCAGGCCCCUUCUGGGGGGAUCAGGAGGACACCUAUCGUGUGGUCCAGACACUUCAUGGUUAAAGUUCAGGGUGGGGUGGGGUGUCCUGAAUAACCCUGCUGGGGCUGGCUGGAAAGAUCGGGGUGGGUCUUCUGCGUUGUUGCUGUUUGUGAGAAAAGACAGCUGCCAAAUACACACUCCUGCUGUUG